AUGAUCAUGUCAGCAACAAUUAAUCCUCAUCCUUCAACGUUGCAGCGAAACGUCACUCUUGUGUUCUCGAACGUAAUGGUAAGCUUUUCCUAAACAAGAAACUUCCUAGGUUAUCUAAUUAUUCGGAUACCUGGAUAUCUACGAGAUAGUGACUGACAAUACGUACUGACAUGGCCAUUAAUUAAAUAAAUCCUUAAGCCAAUACAUUUUUUUUGCUCUGGACUUACCCUAACAAAUUCUUAGGCUCGUAUGAAUCAACAAAACCCCUUUUGUUGGAACUUCAUCACAUUAACCUCUUCAGUCUUAGAGGAAUAUCCAGUAUUUUAAAACCUGAUGCCACUUUUUGACGAGCUAAACUGAGAUGUACUGAAAAUCAUAACAAGAUUCGUUUCAUUUUCGAUUUUAGAAGGCAACAAGGAAAAGAGAGUGUGUAUUUUGGAACUUUAUGGAAGACAGGUAA